AUGAGUGGUCCUGAUCCCAAUGCCACGCAGCCGCCUGAGGCUGCCGCUGCCCGUGCCACCGCCGCCGCCCAGCAACCGCAACCGCAACCACCGCAGCCUCGCCAGCCGGACAGCGCACCGUUUCAAUCUCAGCUAGAGUACCUCUCCCAGCAACAGCAACUACCCCCAAACGUCCCUCAAUAUGGCCAGCAGCCCUUCGAUAUGGGGUCGAUGGCCGGCGCCUUGCCAGGUCAACCUCAGAUGCCCACUCGUCCCUACGCCAGCCCGGAUCCAUCUCAAGGCGUCGCUUCACCUAACCCAUAUCAACAGCCGACGAUGUUUCCUCCAACUCAACCAGGUGGUCCACGCUUCGCCGACCCCACCAUGUUGGCGAGAGCGCAGCAACAGCAGUUCAUGAGCGCGCAGUAUGGAGCGCCUAGUCCGAUCCAGAACAUGCAGCGACAGAACUUUCCCAUGCAGCAGCAAGUGCCAUUCUCACCAGUCGAUCCAUAUGCGUUUGGCAUCAACCCCGCCCAGUACUCACCGAUUGAUCCACGAUUUGGCCCACCUGGAUCGUUUGUGCUGCCCGCUGGACUCCCUACAGACAUUGCACAGUUUGCACGACGCGGAUCAGCAGACACUGCACCGAUUCCCAGCUUCCCUCGAGGACCGCCGCGCAAGCCAAAGCAAUCAGGACACGCACUGUGGGUUGGAAAUCUGCCGCCUCAGGCACUUGUCACCGACUUGAAGGACCACUUCUCGAGGGAUGCAACUACAGACAUUGAAAGCGUGUUCUUGAUCGCGAAGAGCAACUGUGCGUUCGUCAACUACCGCACCGAAGCAGCUUGCGUUGCUGCGAUGAACCGAUUCCACGAUUCGAGAUUCCAUGGUGUCCGUCUGGUUUGUCGACUUCGAAGAGGUACAGCGUCAAGUGCUGCUGCGACGCCAACAGCAGAAGAAGCAGAAUCACCACCAGAACCGGCGACUGCGACCAUUGAGAAGGAUGAAGAUGCACUAAGCCCGACCAUUGCACGAAGUCAGUCUCACCAAAGCGACGUGUCAAACAAGUCAGGAAACUCGCCGGGAGCACCACCAGCGUCAGACGAGAAGGUGCCAGAGAAGUACUUCAUCGUGAAGUCUCUCACUGCGCAAGAUCUUGAAGCGAGCGUACGGAAUGGAAUCUGGGCGACGCAAUCCCACAACGAAGACGCGCUCAACCGCGCCUACUCCCAAGCCGACAACGUGUAUCUCAUCUUCUCGGCCAACAAGUCGGGAGAAUACUUUGGCUAUGCUCGAAUGGCAUCGACAAUCUCGGGUGAAGCAGUCGACCUGUCCAGCACCUUUCCUUCAGCUCAGGAAGCCGCGACCGACCCAGCAGGCUCACCACAAUCAAUUCCAACUCCAGCGACAGCGACAGCACCCAAGGGUCGCAUUAUCGACGACUCGGCGCGUGGGACGAUCUUCUGGGAGGCCGACCAUUCUGAAGACGAGGAGGGCGCUCCUGAGAAAGACGGCACGGGACAGAACUGGGGCAAGCAAUUCCAAAUCGAAUGGGUGUCUACCAACAGACUGCCCUUCUACCGCACUCGAGGCCUGCGCAAUCCCUGGAACGCUAACCGCGAAGUGAAGAUCGCGCGCGACGGUACGGAACUGGAGCCGAGCGUGGGCAGAAGACUGGUUCAGAUGUUUCACCGCCCAUCACCAUCACCUUCUGCCAGCGGCCCAGGUGGCCCACCCCCAGGGAACGCGCCGCCGGGGACUGGCAUGCCAUUUCGAUGA